AUAUUGAAGCUAGCUUUAAGGGAAAAUGCGUCGCGGUCGUGGCCUUCGUAAGCGAGAACCAGACAACAAAGACCAGUUUGUGGAGUUGGUGGACGAUUACCUAGAGCAAUACUCGGGUCUGCGUGAAAGGAGUCGCACCAGUGCCUCGCGGGCGGCAGCCUUCCAACAAUCAACCAAUGACGACGUCGCAAACGCUCGUUGGGCAGCCGCGGCGACUGCUGGGCAGCACAAUCGGUCUCUUGUACACAUUCUAUGCGCACACGGCUGGGCGGCGCGCGUGCUCGUGCACGACUUGCUCCGAGACGACGCCAGGCGCGUGUUGGACGCGACGAAAAACCUGUUUGUUAGCAUGGUGGACGUGGCGCAGUCUGCGGCGUGCAAACAACUGGCGCUCGCGCUCAUUCGCACAGACACCCUCAGCGUCUGCGCUCAGCUGCUGUCCAAAGUUGCGGCCGGCAGCAGCACGGACGCGGGCGGGGCUGCGGGCGGCCCUGGCGGCGGUGCGAGCGCAGACAAAGACCGCACAGCCAGGCUUGCAAACAUGAUGUGGCAGGGGUCUGUCGUGCAGUGCGUACUAGCGCCCCUGCAGGUCGUGGUCAGCUCCAAUCUCGACCCACCCGCGGCGUCAGAGCUGCGGGCGGUGCUGCGUCGGACCGCGCUGCUGGAGCACUUGGCAGCGGCGCUGCUGCGCUUGGCGGCCGCGGUGGCCGCCAUCAGCCCAGACGCAGCGGAUGCAGCUGGGGGUGCUGCCACUGCCACUGCCACUGCCGCUGCUGGUGACGAAGCCGAGGUUGGGGGGCCCUCAUCAGUGGCCCUCGCGGCAAACUCUACAUGUGCUAUGUCGUUGCCUGCGAAGGUGUUGGUCCAGCUGUUUGCACUUGCAGCGAUGUGCUGCGGUAUGGUGCACAUGAUAAUCGUCUCGAUGGGAUGCACGCAACCAGACUUUUGGACGCAGCUGGAUCCACCGGCGCUGCCGCACCAGCCGUCGCUGUUACCACAGCAGCAGCAGCAGCAGCAGCAGCAGCAGCAGCAGCAGCAACAGGAGCAGUCGCAGCGGCAACACCAGCAACAGCAGCAACAGCAACAGGAGCAGCAGGAGCUGCAGCGGCACCGACUGGCAGCCGGGGCGACGCCGGCGCCCGCAUCGGCGGUCAGCCCAGGGGUCCCCGCCGUACUGCGUGCUGGGGACGGCGAUGAGCUGAAGCAGCUGUUCGGCGGCCCCUUGCUGCGGACCUUUGCGUUGUGGGUCCUGUGGUGCGCGGAGCGCGUGGUCCCGACGGGCCCGGCGGUGCAGCAGCAGGCGGCAGCACGCGGAGGGCGCCCGGGCACGGACGGCCCGCAGCCAGGAGGGGUUGUAGCAGCAGCCUGCGUUGCAGAGGCGCCGGGCCGCCCUGCUCCGCAGCAGGGCUGGGUCCGGCCGGCGCUGUCGGCUGACCUGUUUCCCGAACACAUGCGGCUGCUUGUGCCUACCGCGUACAUUCUCGCAUUGAGCACCCGGGCUUAUCCGUGCAGGCUGCAGCUCCCGCAGCCACACACGAAGGUCGCGGGCGGGUUGUGUGGCAGCGGCGGCGAUGACUCGAGCCCGGCCGCGGCGCAAAACUCCGCGGGGGCACCUGCUGCCGGUGUGCAGCAGGGGCAGGGGCAUGGGCAGCAGCAGGGACAACAAUCGAAGCCGGGACAACGCCGGGAGCAGCGGCCUCCGCCACAGGAGCAGGAAGGGCAGUCAAAGUGCGACGGGCCAGCCGCCGGCGCGCCGGCGCCGCCACAGCUUCCGCUGCCAACAGCAGCCCCCGCGGUGGGCCUGUAUGACCUGGUUCAGCGGCUGGUGGGCGCAGUGCGGCUGCAAGACGGCAGUAGGGCCAUGAUCUUGCCGUUGGACUACAUGCCCUCGGCGCUGCUGGUGCGGCUACUGGUUCGGCUUCGGCCGUGUCAGGCGGUCGCGCGGCUGCCGAGCUUGUGGCGGACGCUGCUGUGGGAUUGCGAGCGGCUGGCUACGCCGGAGAUGGCGUGCGAGGUGGGGCGGGUGCUGCGGCUGCAGCUGGCGCGUGCGCCAGCAGCAGCCCCGGCUACAGCCGCCACACCAGCCCCGGCUACAGCCGCCACACCAGCCCCGGCUACAGCCGCCACAUCGGAUGGGGUGGAGGCUGCUGCUGCAGCAGAGUUGCCGGCAACAGGGGCACCGGCGGCAGUGGCAGCAGCAGCAGCGGCAGCGGCGGAGCCUACAGCCUUACCAGCCAGCUACACCCUGCAGUGCGCGCUGGCAGAGGGACUGCUGCCGACCCUGGAGCGGCUGCUGCGCAAGUCAGCAGGCGACAACUGGCAGGCAUACCUGCCGGGUGGCGGUGUCGACGAAUUGCUGAGAGCCGUACUCACGGAAUCAGAUUCCUGGCCGGCGAUGCUGGCUCACGCGCCGCCGGCUCAGGUUGCCUCGCUGGUCGCGACGCUGGCGGCUGUUGCAAGGCGGCUGUGCAGCGGCUCCCUCCUGCGGCCGCCAAGCAGCGGCGGCAGCAGCGCCGGCAGCUCCAAAUGCAGCAGUGGCUUAGUGCCAGCGGCUGAGGGCAUUGCAGAUGCAGAGACAUGCAUGCUCAUGAGCUACUUGAUGCAGCUUCUGAUCCACUCACUAGACGUGCGGUACCCGUUGCUGCCUGAUCGGCCCUCUUGCGAGCAAGAGCCCGCGGCGGCUGGGGAACACUUGGAACCACCGCUGCAGGACAAGCGGCUGCAAGGACAGCAGCCGGGGCAGCAGGAGCAGCAGGAGCGAACGGAGAAAAAGUCCGAGCAAGUCGCAACAGAACCGCCUGGCGGCUCGCAAGGGAGCUGCAAGAAGGAGGAUGCUCCUGCUGCCCCUGCUGCCACCGCAGCAGCGGCACAAGAGCCACUGAGCAUACACGCUUCUCCGCACAUGCGGCGCAUGGCAGCGGCCGGCGGCCGGCCGCAGCCUGGCUCGCCGGCGGCAGAGCAGCAGCGGUUGCUGACGAGCCUAUGCAUGCGGCAAUGGCUUCCCUGCGUGCUCCAGAUGAUGAGGGCGCGGCUCGCCAAGGGCAUGGCCCCAGCUGCAGCUCUGGUGUGGGCGGCGGCGCACCUGGUUGCGGUCCCCGUAAGCUUUGCUCUGCAUGCACAGCACGCAGCCGUAAUUGCUGUGGGUGACGGGAGCGCAGCGCUAGCCGAGCACAGCAGCGGCAGCGGCACGAACGCGAUGGCUGUGCCUCCUGCUCUGGCAGCAGACUCGUGGCGGGACUUCCUGUGGAGCGACGAGGCGGGUGUUGUGGCCUUUCUUGCUGCCCUGCUGCAGCUACGUGUCACCACUGACCAAAUGGACCAGUGCUCGUCAAGGUUGCUGGUGGCGGUGGGGGCCUGGGACCCAGUCAUGCUGGUCCGGGCGAUUGCAGCUGCUGCCCGCGAUGGCAGAGGUGGUGACGGCAGCGGCGGCGGCUACAGCAACAGCAGUAGCGGGACGGGAGGCGGCAGCGAGACAGUGCUGUCAGGGGCGCUAGCUGAGCAGCAGGGACCUAGCAGCGGUGAUGGCACCGCACCGGCACCGGCGCGUGUGGCUGCCGCUGCACUGGCGCUAGCACCGGCACGCGCGCUGGCUGAGCGACUGCCUCAGGGGCAGCAGCGGCAGAAGCUCACACGACUGCUUGACUUGAUGGCAGCGGCCCUGGAGCGCACGCCAUCGUUGCUGUCGGGCGCGGCAGGGGGCGAUGAAGCGCCGCGUGUGGAUGCGGAGGAGCUCCGGCGCGAGGUGUUGGCGGAUGCCGGGAUGCGGGCCGCUGUGGAUGCGGUUGGCUUGGUGUGCCCGGCGGAGGUGGAGUUGCGGCUCCGCGGCCUGCUGGCUGCCGCGAAGGCAUCCGGCGGUAGCGGCGGCGAAGCUGGUUGCGGCGGGCAAGGAGUGGCGCUGUGCGGCAACCCCACCUGCAGCAACACUGACGGGCCCAGCGCGGCCAUCCCGCAAGGCGGCGGCAAGACGUGCGCGCGCUGCAAGGCGGUGCGGUACUGCUGCGGCGCUUGCCAGCUGAGCCACUGGCGCGGGGGGCACAGCGCUGUGUGCGGCAAGCUAGCACAGCCGCAGGCACAGCCGUCGCACCGGCAGGAAGAACCCGCCGCUUCAGCCCAGCCUCAGCAGGCGUAGGCCAAGCAGUGGGUGCUGGUUACCGGAUGGAGGUGGAGGGCUUCAGACGCAGGAGUGUUUUGUGCACGUCGGACCGCUUGGGCGCCUACCUGCAAUGUAUCUCAUGUAUCUCAUGUACCGGUAGUUGCUGUUGAGGACUGACGUUCAGUGUGAGCCGCCACGGCUGGAGUGCUGCAUGGAUGCUGGCGGAGGAAGGCUAUGGCUGCUGGGAGGAGGGAUGCGCUAAGGUGUUGCUCUGCGGCCAUGUACUACUGCCAUGAACGAGCUCAAGAACUUGACCAGUCCUAGGUUUUUGCAAAGUGGCAGAGUCGGGUGUAGCGUGUGCCACUCCGCCGUGUUGUGCGCGUCUGAGUGUGCUCAUCGCAACUGCGCAUGCAGCUGAUGGUUUAUGGCGUAAUGUUUAGGCAUCUAGGUCCGUGCACGAGGUGCGUGGGUGUACGUGUUAUGCCCUGACUGAGGCCGUGAGGCGCCAGCACCAUGGCGGCAUUCCACACCACACACUGGGUAAGAGCUGA